AUGUCUUCAUCACUUACGACGACUAUGACUCCUUCUUUGAAGAUGUGUACACCCUCAUCUCUGCUCUUCACUAUUGGGCUAAUUGGCUGCUGUGCCACAAUCCGGGAAAGCCGAUGUGGACUUGCCACGUUUGUCAUCAUCCUACUCUUGGCUUUUGUCACAGAAGUUGUUGUAGUGGUGUGGGGAUAUGUUUACAGAGCGAAGGUGGUAAAUGAGGUUGAUCGCAGCAUUCAGAAAGUAUAUGAGACCUACAAUGGAACCAACCCUGAUGCUGCUAGCUGGGCUAUUGAUUUUAUUCAGAGGCAGCUGCGCUGUUGUGGAAUUCACAACUAUUCAGACUGGGAAAAUACAGACUGGUUCAAAGAAACCAAAAACCAGAAUGUCCCUCUUAGCUGUUGCAGAGAGGCUGCCAGCAGCUGUCAUGGCAGUCUGGCCCACCCCUCUGACCUCUGUGCCGAGGGGUGUGAGGCUCUAGCUGUGAGGAAGCUACGAGAAAUCAUGAUGCAUGUUAUCUGGGCAGUGCUGGCAUUUGCAGCUGUUCAGCUGCUGGGCAUGCUGUGUGCCUGCAUCGCAUUGUGCAGAAGGAGUAGAGAUUCUGCUUAG